UUCACUUAUCCAACAUGUCUGCGCCCUGUAGGAUGCGGCGCACAGCGUGAGUGAACGGGACAAGUGUCACAAACGGUCACAGUGAGUGAAUGGAUUCUCGGUCGACUCGGAGGCAGAUUUAAGGUUUCACACGCAGUCCAGGAUGUCAAAGAUCUCCAAGGCAGCCAAGGCUGUGAAGAAGUUGGACACAGGUGGCAUAAUCCGGGCUAUCGUGAGGUCAGGGCAAGCUUCCCCAGGACCUCCACUAGGCCCCAUUCUGGGACAGAAAGGAAUACCCAUCGGGCAGUUCUGCAAAGACUUCAAUGAAAAAACCAAGGAGCUGAAGGAGGGCAUCCCUCUCCCGGUCCAGAUCCACGUGAAGCCCGACAGAACGUAUGACCUGAAGAUCGGCCAGCCCACGGUCUCCUACUUCCUCAAGCAGGCGGCAGGAAUCGCAAAAGGAGCCGGCAAGACAGGCCACGAGACAGCGGGGAUGGUGUCAGUGAGAGCAGUGUAUGAGAUUGCCAAGGUGAAGGCUGAGGAUGAGUGCUUCAAAAUGAGGAACACCUCCCUAGAGACCGUGGUCAGAAGCAUCAUUGGCUCGGCCCGUUCACUGGGCAUCAAGGUCGUCAAAGAUCUCUCUGCUGAUGAGUACAAAGUCUUCUUGGAGCGCAGGGAGGAGAAGUUGAAAGCUGAUGCAGAAGCAGCUGCAGUGGCUGCAGCCGAAGCUCUUGGUAAAAAGAAAUGAAGGCCUGCAACAUCCAACGCUGACCCAAACUCCACCCCCCCGCCCAGAAAUCCAUUCCUGUUUGUUUUUAACUUUAUAUAAAUGUAGCACAUCAUGUUGUGCGAGUCUGAUCUGAAUAAACAGUUGUUCUGUGA